GGCGCCCUCGCGUUCGGUGCAGGCUUCGCUCCUGUUCCGCCUCAGUCCCCGCGCCCUGCACUGGCUGGGGCUUGUGUCUAUCUCGUUGACUGUCGCAUCCCCCGUGCCCAGCACGUGGCGGGCACCCCAUCACGGUGACAGGUACAUUGUUUUUCUGAAAAGAAUUGACCAUGUGUGCGUGAAAGGAAGCUCUCAGUGCAGAUUGCUCUCUGUGGGACCUGUGAAGACGAUACAAUAGUGUUCAAUUCUGUAGGGAUCUUCUCUGGAUCAAGCUAUGGUGAAAAAUGUUUCGGAAAGGCAAAAAACGACACAGUAGUAGCAGUUCCCAAAGUAGUGAAAUCAGUACUAAGAGCAAGUCUGUGGAUUCCAGCCUUGGGGGUCUUUCACGAUCCAGCACAGUGGCCAGCCUUGACACAGAUUCCACCAAAAGCUCGGGACAAAGCAACAAUAAUUCAGAUACCUGUGCAGAAUUUCGAAUAAAAUAUGUUGGUGCCAUUGAGAAACUGAAACUCUCUGAGGGAAAAAGUCUCGAAGGGCCACUUGACCUCAUAAAUUAUAUAGAUGUUGCCCAGCAAGAUGGAAAGUUGCCUUUUGUUCCUCUGGAGGAAGAAUUUAUUAUGGGAGUUUCCAAGUAUGGUAUAAAAGUAUCAACAUCAGAUCAGUAUGAUGUUUUACAUAGGCAUGCUCUAUAUUUAAUCAUCCGGAUGGUGUGCUAUGAUGAUGGCCUUGGGGCAGGAAAAAGCUUACUGGCUUUGAAGACCACAGAUGCAAACAAUGAAGAAUACAGCCUGUGGGUUUAUCAAUGCAACAGCCUGGAACAAGCACAAGCCAUUUGCAAAGUUUUAUCCACCGCUUUUGACUCUGUAUUAACGUCUGAGAAAUCUUGAAUUCUGCAAUCAAGUGGAAGUCAACUUCAUCUGAAAGUUCAGCUGUUUUCUAAGUAGUUGUUUUCAGUCUGCAGUGUUGCAUGGAACUAUGAAGUGAUCUCUUGCUCUAGACUUUCUGAAGAAAAUGCAAAUGUAUAAAAUAUUGAUCAUUUGUUUUUAUAUUAAAGUGUAUUAAACAGUGACAAUUA